AUGAUAUCUCGUAAUUGCUUGCGGCACUGCCGCGCAGUAGCUGGCCACAUCUCUCGUGUGAACCCGGCUCUUCUGCGCGGCUUCGCUCUAUCUAGACAGAACGUUCAGACUUUUGCCUCCGUACCCGACUCGAAAAAUGGCAGGCCCAUACCUCCAGAGUCUCGUGACGAGGACGAGCAUGCGUCGCCCUUUAAGCAGCAGCGUCGGUCAGACCUGGGCCAAGACCAGGCGAGCGAAUCGCCUCUCUACCCUGAGUCUUAUCCGCGCAUAGAGUCAUCUGAGGCUCGCAUGGCUGUCCCAGAAUUUCUCGAGAGUGAAGGGAACGAGCUGUCUCAGCCUCUCGUCAACCUGGUCGGCCGUGUGCGCGCUAAGCGUGUCGUUGGCAAAAAUCUCGUCUUUCUUGAUAUCGUAAACGAGUUUCAAAAAGUGCAAAUCGUGGUGAAUAAGUCCAAGUGCGUCGAGCCCUUGGACAAUGUCUGUACACACAACUCCAAGAAGUUUCAGCUCUUCAGGUCGCUCAUCCAGGUCGGCGACCAUAUAUCCGUCAAUGGUGUUCGUGACCAUACACCCGCUGGUCUGUUGACCCUCGCUGCGCGACAGAUCCCAGAGCUCCUGUCGCCGACGAUGGAGCAAAUACCCGAAGUUCUCACCGACUCCAAGACCAAGAUGCAGGAUCGCCACGUAGACAUGCUUGUCAACAAGGAGACUGUCGAUGUCUUGCGUCUUCGUUCCGAAAUCACAAAACACAUGCGCGACCAUUUCCAUUCGAAGCGGUUCCUCGAAUUCCAGACACCCAUCCUAGCGGAGAACGCUGGAGGCGCAAUCGCCCGACCCUUCGUCACACGCGCCACCGAGUUUAAAGAUAAAGACCUCGCACUUCGCGUGGCUCCGGAGCUCUGGUUAAAGCGGCUUGUCGUUGGUGGCGUUGACAGAGUCUUUGAGAUUGGCCCUGCCUUUCGAAAUGAGGGUGUCGAUGCCACACACAACCCCGAGUUCACAAUGUGUGAAUUCUACAGCGCAUACUCUAGUCUCGCAGAUCUCAUCAAAGAGACGGAGGAGCUUCUCACCAGCCUCGCCAAACACACGCAAAAGCUUAUUGAAACACAACUUACCUCUCUUCCACCAAUCGAUCUACAAAAGUUCAAGCGGCCAUUCAAGCAGGUCGAGUUCGUGCCUGCUCUAGAAGAAGCCACUGGCGUUCGGUUCCCAAAGUUAUCCGCCGAGGAUGCACUCCCAGAACUUCUCGCUCUCAUGAAACUGGCCGGCAUUGAAAUUCCUGGCGAUAUACCCACUUCACUACCCAGGCUCCUCGAUCGACUGGCCGCCAUGUACAUAGAGCCCAAGUCGUUUGAAGAGCCUCUCUUCAUCAUCAACCAUCCGGCUUGCAUGUCGCCUCUGGCCAAGAGCUUCCUGUGCCCCAAGACAUAUCAACUGGUGUCAGCCCGUGCAGAGCUGUUCGUGGGGGGGCGAGAGCUCGCCAACAUGUAUGAGGAGGAAAACGAUCCCAAGGAGCAGCAGCGGAAGCUUACCUCGCACCGUAAUCUGGUCAACCUGGACGAUGGUGACAUUGGCAUCAACGCGCCGGAGGAGAAGCCGCCAAGUGAAGAGGUGUUCCAGGACGAGGCGGCCUCUGAGGACGCGGUAGAGGUGGAUGGGGUGGAGAGGGAGGGAGAGACGGACCAAGAGGUCUUUGACAAGCACAUGAGGAGGCCAGAGGAAGAAGAUGAAUGGGCUACGUCGCCGCUGGAUCGAAGCUACAUCAAAGCGCUGGACUACGGCCUCCCUCCUACGGGCGGAUGGGGCUGCGGUGUUGAGCGUCUUGUGAUGCUGUUUUCUGGCGCGACUCGCAUCAGCGACUGUCUGAGCUUUGGCACGAUCCGAAACGUGGUUGGCCUGUCGUCUGACGCAGCCAAGAAGGAGGGCGGCAAGCACUGA